CUGCGGCGAAAAAAGCGCAUGCUGGUGUGCGUGAGAUGGUAGCCCCACCCCCAAGCCCUGCGUUGUGUCGCUCGACGCCGAAAUGAUUGUUUUGGUCCUGCUUAUCACGCCGUGAAUCACCACAAGUGCCGGAGGCCAUGGCGACGGAAUUUUUGGCUGAAAACUGUGUCUGCGGGCAGACCAUCCUCCAGAUCGUCGCCGAAGGCAACACCAUCAUCUGUGAGCUGCUGCGGCUCAAGGAUUAUGUACCAGACGUUUUCCACUUAAGGACCAAAGAGGAACAGCAAAAGUAUGGCGACAUACUGAAGGACUUUAGCUACUUUCAAAUCGCAGACAGCCAGGAGGCAAAGAUCGAGGCGGAUGCGAAGCUACGGGCGAUCGAUGAGGAACUGCGCGAGAGCUAUAUCGUCACAUUAAACCGAUUUUACGUCGUGUUUGAAAGCAUCCACAAGUACGUGAAAGAGCUGAACGCAUUUCUCGAGGAGCUCAAUGCCGGCCUCUUUAUCCAGCAGUCCAUGGAGAAGGUGUUCCAGGAUGAGGAGGGCAAGCAGCUGAUGUGUGAAGCGCUGUAUCUAUACGGAGUGAUGUUGCUCGUAGUCGAUCUGCACAUUCCGGGGCUCGUGCGGGAACGCCUACUCGUGGCCUACAAUCGAUACAGUGCCCUGAAGUCGCACAGUGACAGCAGCAUCGAUGAGGUCUGUAAGCUGCUUCGCUCCACUGGGUUCAACGAUGAUGGCAACGCGGUGCGUAAAACUACCAACUAUCCUGAGGAAUACUUUGCGCGCGUCCCUAUCAACGCACUGUACAUCGAAAUGGCCAUCGGACGGUUGCGGUCCGACGAUGUCUACAAUCAAAUCACCGUCUACCCGUUGCCAGAGCAACGCUCGACCGCACUCGCCAACCAGGCCGGCAUGCUGUAUGUUUGUCUGUUCUUCUCGCCCGCCCAAACGCUCCACUCGCAGCCUGCCAGGAUGCGGGAAAUUGUGGAUAAGUUUUUCUCCGACAAUUGGAUCGUCUCGCUGUACAUGGGUAUCACGGUGAACCUGAUCGCGGCCUGGGAACCAUUCAAGGCGGCCAAAACUGCCCUCUCCAAUACGCUGGAUGUCGCCAACUUGAAGGACAUCAGCCAACGCCAGAAGCAAUCGAUGGAGCAUUUGCUGGGCAGGACUCGUAACAUUCUGCGUGAAGGCAAUCUCACGGAACAGAAGCUACUCGAUCACAUGCCAAAGGUGAUGGCACUGGUGCGCGAAUGUAACAUCACACUGCGCUGGGUCAUGCUGCACACCGGGGGCAAUAGCUGCACGUUCGAUGCGGCUUCGAAGCGUUGCCGGCAGGUGCGCGAACUGAUCGAGUCGGAGAUCGAUUUCCGUCGUGGUGUACCACUGUUUGAGCUGUUGCUCAACACGAGCCAGCUCGAGCUGGCCGUUCGCGAGAUGCUGAAGCGAUUGCUCGAUGAAAAGGAGGAACGUUGGGCUAGUUUCAGGCGCGAAGCAACGGACCGGAUGACGGACCUUGCGGACGCAUUUUCUGGCGAACGCCCGUUCGUAAAGACACGCAAAAAUCCCAGCUUGGCACGCUGUUUCGCAAACAUGCGCAAAGAGAUCGACGGACUGGGCCGAGAAGGGCAGCAUAUCAAUCAGACGGGCCGUACGAUCAUCCAGCUGCUUCAGGCGCUGGAGGAAGUGCAGGAACUGCACGACCUCAGCCGCAACAUGCAGGUGAAGCAACACAUUGUCGAGACGCGCCAGCUGCUGCACGAGCUGUUCCACACGAUCGGUAUCAAGGAGAAUGAUCUCAUCAACCUGCAGCUAAUCGGUGAUUUUAGCUACGCAUGGCGGCUGAUCGAUCAUUACACACCGCUCAUGCAGGAGAACAUUCGGCACCAGCCACGACUGGUGACCAAGUUACGCUCCACUUUCCUGAAGCUGGCGUCCGCUCUGGAGAUCCCUCUGAUGCGCCUGAACCAGGCCGAAUCACCGAACCUGCUCGAUGUGUCGCAGUACUACAGCAAUGAGCUGGCAAACUUUGUCCGUAAAGUGGUGCAGAUCAUUCCGGAAACGAUGUUCACGCUGCUAGCGCAGAUCAUCGAGCUGCAGACGAACGUGCUGCGGGAGCUACCGGCACGGCUCGAGCGUGAGCGCAUGAAGGAGUACGCCCAGUUCGAAGAACGAUUCCAGAUCGCCGAGCUAACGCAUACGCUGUCUACUUUCACCGAAGGCAUACUGGCGAUGCAAACGACGCUCGUCGGGGUUGUGCAGCUCGAUUCGAAAGCCUUGCUCGAGGGCGGUAUCCGUCGGAAGCUAGUCGAGAGCAUUUCCGAAGCCUUUCACCAGCACCUGGUGUUCGGUGGGAAGGCUCGUGACGCCGAGCUGUUACUGGGGCGGCUCGAUGCACUGUAUAAGUUGAUGCACGGCUAUCGUCGAUCGUUCGCCUACGUGCAGGACUAUCUGAACGUUCACUGCAUGCGCAUCUGGCACGAGGAGAUACAACGGAUCGUACGCUUUAAUGUGUCCCGCGAAUGCCAGGCCCUUACGAAGCGCAUCAAACUGAACACUCAGGAGCCGCCAAUCGACGAGGAUAGUAGUGGUGGAGGUCAGGUGAUACCGAUACCGAUCUACAAUCCGGUCGAUAUGGUCUCAGUCAACUUUAUGGGACGUCUAGCGCGUGAAGUGUUGCGUAUUACGGAUCCAAAGUCUACAAUUUACAUCGAUGUAUGUUCGAGCUGGUACGAUUCCCGGGCACCGCAUCGUUUGCUGUUGACGAACAAAUUUGCCAGCAAAAUUAACGACACAUUUGGACCAGCAGGAAUUCUCGGUCUAGAUGAUGUGUAUGGUGCAAUGCUAUACUCGGAGCUACAAACGUUGCUCCACACAACCAUUCCACUGAAACUCCAGCAGGAACCAAACUGGAGCGAAACACUAGCCACUCUGAAAGCCGACCUGGAACGAUCGGAUCUAGUGGAGAAUCCAGCAAAAACCUACGCUAAUCUCACAUCCACCGUAGCACGCUUUCUAUCCGCUAUCAACCUACCGGAAUUUGUGCAAAAAGUCGGUCAGAAGCAAACACUACGGAGCCAAAUAGCACUCGAGCUGAAUUGUAGCUGCAAAAUCAAAGCAACCAAGCUGGAAGCCUCGCUGAGGACGUUAAACGAUGCCAUCAUGUUGGACUUUAAACGGCACCAGGCUGACGAAAGUCAUCCGGUACCACGGAUCGAACUAGCUACGGAGCUCAACGCGUAUCUUCGAUACGCCGGACUGUACGAUCCACUGCGUAAGGUGUACCUCACCCCAGACCCGGCAUCGGUUCGCUUUGUGCCUUUGUUACUGUUCCUGUUCGUGGUGUCGACGCUUGGAGCCGGCAAGUGGCAAUACCUGGAGAACGUCGACAGUCUAGUGACCAAGCGUAAGAAUGAUGCGCUCGAUGGCCACCAGGUCGUGGUCGGUGUGCUGACGGUGCUCCGCCAGGGUGGUGGUAUUGAGCUGGAACUGUUCGUGCAGUACCUCUGCCAGUACGUGCUCUCCUUCGUCCAUGCCAAUCUGGAAGCUAAGCAACCGGUUGGCACGGAGGCCUUGUUUGGGUUGCGCUUCCUCGAGAUCUUCAGCCGAAUCGCCGACAUCCCGCGGGACCAUCUGGAGCAGUAUCUCCCGGAGGUGGUGCUCGAUCAGUACGUGCCUUUAGCGGAGAGUAAAUGACGUCGAGUGCGAUGCUUCCCUUACAUCCAAUAAAUACGUACGAUAUGUGGGUUUUGUUACUCCAUUUUAUCUUC